AUGGAUUCUUCUGAGUUUAUUGAAAUGAAGGAUCCUAAUUUAGGCAAUAAUCCGACAGAUGAAGAGAUUGCUGAAUAUGCUCAGUGGCUCGGAGCUGAUCCAGAAACUGAUCAAGAUUUAUAUUGGAUUGCUCGUGAAGCUUUGACAGUUCCUCUUCCUGCUGGAUGGAAAAUUUACCAGCGCAAAGAUGGAACGGGUGAUCCUUUCUAUUUUAAUUCUCGAACUGGUGAAUCUUUAUGGGAUCAUCCUCUCGAUGAGCAGUUUAAACAAUUGUUUAUCAAGGAAAAAGCUAAAAAAGAAGCAUUAAAAUCAUCACCUCAAACUUUCCGUCCAACUGCUGCUUUAGGAAAAGCAAUUUCAGAAAAUAACGAAGAAACUAAGAAAGAAAAGUCCCCAGUAAAACAAGACUUACCACCGACAUCACUUGGAUUAUCUCCUACAGACGAAGAUUAUGAAGAGGAAGAGGAAUCUGGCGCUGAAUUUGAAUUUGAAUCAAAUCUCGAUGAACUCAACAAAGAUAAUACAAACAAUAAAGAAAUCAAUAAUGUACAAGAAAAACAACUCAAAGAAAUGAAAGAACUCAUUGAAAAUCAUCAAAAUAAUAUUAAUAAGAUAAGGGAACAGCAAGCUGCAGAACAAAAUGAACUAAAUGGUCAAAUAGCUCAAUUACAAGCUGAAAAAGAACGAAUUCAAAAACAAAUAAAUACAAUUAAAGAAGAAAAUUCAAAACAAAUCGCUCAACUGAAAUCUGAUCAUGAAAAAGCAUUAAAAGAAGAAAAUGACAAUUUCCAAAAGCAAUUGAAUGCUCAAAAAUCACAAUUUACUAAAGAAUUAAAUAAAUUAAAGGAAGAUCAAAACAAUUCUGCAGUAAUUAAAUCACAACAAUCACAAGAAAUACAAAAAUUAAAUGAGCAGCAUGAAAUUUCCAAGAAGAAGCUAUUAUCAAUGCAAACAGAUGAAAUUAAUAAAAUUAAAGCUGAACAUGAGAAAGAGAAAAGCAAUUUGAUACUAUCAUUUGUAAAUGAGAUAACAGAUAUGAAGAAUAAGCAUGAAAACGAACUCCAAAAUCUUAAAAAGGAACAUGAUUCAGAGAAAAAGAAAUUAACUGACCAAAACAAUAACGAUAUUAAACAACUCAAAGAAAAGUUUGACUCCGAAAUCAAGAAAUUAACUUCUGACCAUGAAAAUGCUUUAAAGGAAGAAAACAAUAAAUUUGAAUCCCAAAAACACAAAUUUGACCAAGAAUCAUCAUUAACAUCAACAGAAACUACAGAUGAUAUUAGACAGCAAUAUGAAGAUCAAAUUCUUGAAAUGAAAAUGAAAUACGAAGAACAAAUUAAAUUAUUAAAGAAGAAAAUGAAUUCAAAGGCCAAUGAAUCACGUCAAAUCAAAGCUCUAUCAGAUAGUCAUGACCAAAAUAAAAGAGAUCUUGAAGACCAAUUUGAAGAAGAAAUUCAAUCAAUUAACCUUCAGCAUCAACAAGAAAUUAAUAAACUUAAGAGACAAAAUCAACGAAUAAUCCAACAGAAAAAUGCUGAAAUGACAGAAAAGCUCAAUAAUCUUAAUGAAGAGUUUGAAAAUCUUAAAUCCGAACAAGAAAUGCAAAACAAAGAAAUGUUGGAUCAGUUGAUGACAAAGCAUAAGAAGAUGGUGACAAAACUGAAGAAACAAAAUCAAGAACAAAUUAAUUCAAUUAAAGAAGAACACGAAGAAGAGAUUGAAAAAUUGGAAGAAGAUCAUCGAAAACAACUUGAUAAAAUGAAGCAAAAGAAUACUAAAGAAAUAGAUCGUCAAAAAGAAGAAUUUGAAAAACAAUUAAUGUCAAUACAACAAAAAGCAGAGAAUAGUUAUACAAAUUCAAAUACUAACAUUAAGCCAAUCACAAAUAGAAAUUAUUAUAAAUAUUCAACAGUUUGCUUUUCUCAAUGGCCAACAUCAAGAUCUAAUAAUCUUAUUAUUAGUGAUCUCGUUUGCGCGUGUUCAAAUAACAGAAUUCCCUUUUAUUCAUUUGAUGAAAAAAUUAUUUUCUCAGCAAUACCUAGAAACACAUCUGACCUUCCAGAUUCCAUACCAUUAUCCAUUCCACCUGCUCCUAUAUCAUCGAGAAUGCAGGAUAGACCAACACCAUUGCAAAUCUCGCAAUCUGCGCUUGGAAUGCCAUAUCAGAGGACAGAUCCUUUAUAUCCAGGAUCUCCAAUGGAUGUCAUAUCAUCCCCCGCAAUUUCAUCAAGAAUAUCUAAGUCAAAAUCCAAAGCAUCAAAGACUUCUGACCAAUUUGACAACACAUGCAACCAAAUUAUUGAUAAAAUGCAACUACAAUCAAAUGAUAUCAUGAAUAUUACACAAGGAUUCAAGAAUUUAGUUUCAGAUCAAAAUCGUGAAAUGAGUAGAUUAUCGAUGGAUUUCCAACAACAAUCAGCAUCAAUUUCCAGGGCUAUAUCAGGUUCAUUAUCACAGAUCGAGAGUAGUUUUAGAGAUGCUGUUUCCCAGCUAUCAACUGCUCAUACACAUCAAGUAAUUGCUCCACCAGUAUCUGCUGGAACUAAUUUCGGAAAAAUCGGAAGAAGAAAUUUAAUUAGAUACCAACGUGACAGCGAGUUUCAAGAUGAAUCAACAGAAAGUGCAUUAGAAAGUGAUUCGUCAGAUGGUGCAUUCAUGUAUGAACCAAAAACUAGAAUGACAAAGCGGAUAUAA